AGCCACCCGAGAAGCCCUUUUAUACCUCCUUACUCAGCCAGCUGCCUGCGGCUGCCACUCCGUUCUCUCCAGCCAGCAGCACUCUCUGAUUUUCUCCUCCAGACUUGGGCUUACAACCACCUGAAGCAAGAUGUCUGAUGAAGAGAAAAAGAGGAGGGCAGCCACUGCCCGUCGGCAGCACCUGAAGAGUGCUAUGCUCCAGCUUGCUGUCACUGAAAUAGAAAAAGAAACAGCUGCUAAAGAAGUGGAAAAGCAAAACUACCUGGCAGAGCAUUGCCCUCCUCUGUCACUCCCAGGAUCCAUGCAGGAACUCCAGGAGCUGUGCAAAAAGCUUCAUGCCAAGAUAGACGCAGUGGAUGAGGAGAGGUAUGACACAGAGGUGAAGCUACAGAAGACCAACAAGGAGCUGGAAGAUUUGAACCAGAAGCUCUUUGACCUGCGGGGCAAGUUCAAGAGGCCAGCGCUGCGCAGGGUGCGCAUGUCCGCAGAUGCCAUGCUGAGGGCUCUGCUGGGCUCCAAGCACAAGGUCAACAUGGACCUCCGAGCCAACCUGAAGCAAGUCAAGAAGGAGGACACUGAGAAGGAGAAAGACCUCCGUGAUGUUGGUGACUGGCGGAAGAACAUCGAGGAGAAGUCUGGCAUGGAGGGCAGGAAGAAGAUGUUUGAGGCUGGCGAGUCCUAAGCACCUUGGCUCUCUACACCCAUCCUCUGCUCUCUCCUGUCCCUGCCAGCACCCUGGGCCCAAGGGCACUGGGUGCCAUUUUUCUCUGGUUUUGCCAAGAGCUGCCCCCGAGCAGCAGCGGUGUAAAUAAAGCUUUGGUGGGAGAGGCA